AUGUCUUACGCAUACGAUUACUCUCAGCAGCAGGACAGCGCCUCCCCCCAGGCCUCUGCCGGCGCUGUCCCCGCUACCACUGAUCCCGCCGCCGCCGGCGCCUUCCCUUCUUCCACUCCUACCCCUGCCGGCGCCGUUGCUUCAAAUGACUCAAAGACCACCCUUUGGAUGGGUGAGCUCGAGCCCUGGAUAGAUGAGAACUUCAUCCGCCAGGUCUGGUCCAACUACGGCGAAGCCGUCAACGUCAAGAUGAUCCGCGACAAGUUCUCUGGCACCAACGCCGGAUACUGCUUCGUCGACUUCUCGAGCCCCGCUGCCGCCGCCAAGGCCCUCACUUUGAACGGUACCCCCAUUCCCAACACCCAAAGAGCUUUCAAGCUUAACUGGGCCUCCGGCGGUGGUUUCUCGGAGAGAAGUGACCGCACCCCCGAAUACUCCAUCUUCGUCGGCGAUCUCGGCCCGGAGACCAGUGAAUAUGUUCUUCUUAACCUCUUCCAGAGCCGCUACCCCUCGUGCAAGUCCGCCAAGAUCAUGACCGACCCCGUCUCUGGCAUGUCCCGAGGCUACGGUUUCGUUCGUUUCACUGACGAGUCUGAAAUGCAGCGUGCUCUCACCGAAAUGCAGGGAUUCUUCUGCGGCAACCGGCCAAUGCGGAUCUCGACCGCGACCCCCAAGAACAAGGGCGCCGCCGUCCCCGCUGGUAUGAUGCAGCAGCAGGGACCCGGUCAGCUUGGCAUGUACCAGAUGGGUAUGCCCCCCAUGGGUUACUACGGUGCUCCCCAACCCAUGAACCAGUUCACCGAUCCCAACAACACCACUGUCUUCGUCGGCGGCUUGUCUGGCUACGUGACUGAGGAUGAGCUUCGAAGCUUUUUUGCUGGAUUUGGAGAGAUUACAUAUGUUAAGAUUCCUCCUGGAAAGGGAUGUGGAUUUGUUCAGUUUGUGCAGCGUCAUGCCGCUGAGAUGGCGAUCAACCAGAUGCAGGGAUACCCGAUUGGCAACUCUCGCGUGAGACUGUCCUGGGGUCGUUCGCAGAACAACUCGGGGCCUGUUAAUGCUCCCUACAGGCCUACUCCCCCUCCUCCAGUAUAUCCCUCUAUGGGUCUGCCUCCUCAGAGCCACUAUAGUCCAUAUGCUCCAAUUAACCCGCAAGCUGCCCACCUACACCCCGGCGCCCAACCGCAAGGACAGGUCCCGGUCGGUCCUCCUGGUGCUGUAGUUCAAGGCCAGGACCCGAGCGAGCCGAUCCCCGUCGCCCGACUUAACGAGCUCUAUCUCGCUGCUCGUGAUGGGCGGUUAGACAGGGUCGAGGCCGAUGGCAGAGGAUACCAUGGCGUCUAUGCGCAAUAG